AAACAGUGUUUUAAUCAAUAAAGCCUUGCAACUACCCCUGGGAUUUGAAAAACCUCUCUCAUUUCCAAUCUGGAUCCUGACAUCAUGAAAACUCUUUUAGUUUUGUUUGUUGUAAUGAAUUUGGACAAACUCCCGAAGACAGGACACUGCAUAGAAACGCGUGAUCAAAUUCUAUCAAUCACCCCUAAAACACCAGAACAAGUGGACAUCUUGAAGGAUGCGUCCACUCAAUAUAAGACAGCCUUAUGGCAGCCUGUUUCACCUCAGUACAUCAGAGAAGAAACUCAGGUCCACCUGUUUGUUCCUGCAAACAGCUCCAAGACUGUCAUUGAUCUGCUACAGAAACACGCCAUGACACAUGAGGUGCUACUGGCCAAUGCCAACGAGUUGAUUGAAAUGCAGACAAGGAACACCUCCAAUGACCCACGAAGCAGCGCAACUUUCUACGAGAGAUAUCACAAUCUGGAGGAUAUCUUUUAUUGGAUAAACAGGACCCAACAGCACAACCCCAGCACGGUCAAAGCCAUUCUCAUUGGCUCCUCACAUGAAAAGAGACCCCUCUAUGUUCUGAAGUUGUCUCUAAACAACAGACCAAAUAAGAAGGCCAUGUGGAUUGACUGUGGGAUCCAUGCCAGAGAGUGGAUCAGUCCUGCUUUCUGCUUAUGGUUUGUAAAACAUUCUUUGUCAUUUUACAAUAUAAACCAAGACAUUACUCGCAUCCUGGACAACAUGGAUGUCUACGUCCUGCCGGUUAUGAACCCUGAUGGAUACGAGUACACAUGGACGACAAACAGGAUGUGGAGGAAGAACCGCUCUGUCAGCAAGGACAGCAGCUGCAUCGGUGUUGACCUCAACAGAAAUUUUGAUGCCAACUGGUGCACGGAAGGAGCCUCUAGUGACCCCUGCACUGAGAUCUACUGCGGGGCGUUCCCGGAGUCGGAGCCAGAGUCGCGGGCUGUGGCCGAGUUCCUGCGCAGUCAUAAGGACUCAAUCCAGCUCUACCUCAGCAUCCACUCCUACUCUCAAAUGCUGCUCUUCCCGUUCUCCUGCAGCUUACAGGAAGCAGAGAACCACAAAGACCUGCUUGAGAUGGUCAAAGAAGCUUCCCAGAAAAUCAAAAGAUAUUAUCAAAAUAACUACAAAUAUGGUGCUGGAGCAAAGACAAUAUACUUAGCGCCUGGUGGUUCUGAUGACUGGGCGUACUACCUUGGCAUCAAGUACGCUUUCACAUUUGAGCUCCAGGACCUUGGGCGUUACGGUUUCCUCCUGCCACCAUCUCACAUUCCCAAGGCCUGCAAUGAAGCUCUGAUUGCUGUGAAGACUGUUGCUCUCAAGGUUAUAGAGAAAACACAAGCUCCAACAAGUCAUCCUCUAACAGUUUAUUAAGCCAUUUUUGUGAAUGUGAAUCAUGCACAAUGUUAAACAUAUUCUGAUUGUUAUUCAAGGUAUUUUUGAUGCAUUCCUCCAAUGGGUGUCUAUUUUGAGGACAUAUUUAAAUAAAUAAAAAAGAUUGAAGUGAUUGAAGUAACAGA